AUGACACCCCAUCCCACCAGCCUCCUCCCCCUCCUCUUCCCUCUCCUCAUCCUCCUCUAUCUCUUCCUCUGCCCCUACACCAAAGUCGAAGAAUCCUUCAACAUUCAAGCCAUCCACGACAUUCUGUACUAUGGGAUUCCCAUUCCAUGGCGGGACAAUGCGGCGGAGUUUUUUGCAAAGAGAUAUGACCAUGUGGCCUUCCCUGGACCCGUGCCGAGGACGUUUGUGGGAGCAUUGAUGGUCUCGGGGCUGGCCAGGCCGUGGUUAUGGGUUUGUAGAGGGGAUUGGGGGUGUGUGCAGGUAUUGGUCCGAGCCGUACUCGGCCUCCUCAACAGCUUCACCCUCAUCCUCUUCAGCCGCAGCAUCUCGCGCGCCUUUGGUCGCAGUGCGGGUGUCUGGUACAUCCUCUUCCAAGCGAGCCAAUUCCACGUCAUCUUUUACGCGUCUAGGACGUUGCCGAAUAUGUUCGCCUUUUGCUUCACAACCCUCUCCCUAACCCUCCUCCUAAACUCCCACACCCACCCUCCACCCCGCCGAACCAACUCCCUCACCCUCUCCCUCCUCCUCCUCACAACAACCACCAUCCUCUUCCGCUCCGAACUCCUCCUCCUCCUCACCCCCCUAACCCUCCACACCCUCCUCCUCACCCCACCCCCCCUCCGCCUCCCUCUAAUAACCCACACCAUCCUCCCAGCAGGCCUCCUCGGCACCCUUCUCGCCCUCCCCCUAACCCUAACACUAGACUCGUACUUCUGGCACGCCUGGACCACGACUCCGCUCUGGCCCGAACUCUCCGCCUUCUGGUACAACACGAUCCUCGGCCACAGUUCGGCCUGGGGCGUGAGCCCCUGGCACUUCUACUUCUCGUCCGCCCUGCCGCGCCUCCUGCUCAACCCCUUAACCUACCCCGUCUGCAUCCCAUUUGCUGUCCUGCAUCCCGCGACGAGGCGCAACGCCACGGCCUUGCUGGUGCCGACGGCGGGGUUCGUGGCGCUGUACUCGCUGCUCGCGCACAAGGAGGCGCGGUUCGUCAUGUACGCUGUCCCUGCGCUGACGGGCGUGGCGGGCGCGGGCGCGGGGCUGAUUUGGACGCGGAGAGGGAAGUCGAGCAUCUACGCGGUUCUCAGCGCAGGCAUGGCGGUUUCGGUGAUGGUGUCGUUUAUGGCGAGUGCGGCGGUGGUGGGGGUGAGUAGUUUGAAUUAUCCUGGGGGCGAGGCGAUGGGGGAGUUGCAUCGGAUUAUUGCAUCUGCAUCUGCAUCUGCCUCGGCCUCGGAGAACGGGAACGGGAACGGGAGCAGUGUGAACUGGACCAGCAGGAAAGACGGCGCUGGAGAUGGCGAGGGCAGGGCCAAGGCCAUAAACAUCUACCUCGACAACCUAGCCUGCCAAACGGGCGUGACGCGCUUCCUGGAAGACCACAGCGUCUUCUCUCCCAGCAAAAUACCUCUCACUACCAAUGCCGAUGACGUUGGAAACACCGUAUCCACCAACCUAGACCUCCCCCGCCGACGCUUCACAUACAACAAAUCCACCUCCCCGGAACUCCUGCUCGACCCCCUAUUCUGGACGCACUUCGACUACGCCAUCAUGGAGCGGCCGGAGAAAUGCAUCGGGAAGUGGGAAAUGGUAUCCACGGUCUUCGCCUACGAUGGCUUCCGCUUGUUAAGACCUGGUAUACCAUCAUCAUCAUCGUCAAAUACAAGUCCAGGGGACGAGGAAAGCGGAUUGUUUAUCAGUGGUGAAGGAGAAGAUGGCGGAGUAAGGACGGUGAAAGAUCGGGCGAUAGAUACAGUUGCGAGGGGUUGGAAGACGCUGGAGGCGCUGCUCCGCUACCCGCUCCUCCGCGGGUACUGGAUCGAACUGCGCAUGUCCCCGAAGCUCUACAUACUGCGCCAACAACCGCACCAGUUCGCAGAGACGCCUCCAUCCGAUGCCGACGAAUCACAGCUGCAGGAUGAGCUUCAUUAA